AUGGCUGGGACGACUGCAGGUGCGGUCGAGGCUUUCAUCACCUACCCGACCGAGUUUGUGAAGACACGGUCCCAGUUCAGCGGGAAGAAAGAAAGCCCAAUAGCGAUCAUUCGCAGCACUCUUCAGACCAAAGGGGUAUCAGGGCUCUACUCAGGAUGCAUGGCCUUGGUCAUUGGCAACUCCGUCAAGGCGGGCGUUCGCUUCGUCUCGUAUGACCACUUCAAGCACAUGCUGGCCGACCCUGAGGGCAAAGUGACACCAGCGCGCAGUCUGCUCGCAGGUCUCGGGGCGGGUAUGAUGGAGGCCCUUUUGGCGGUGACGCCUUCUGAGACGAUCAAAACGAAGCUCAUCGACGACGCGAAGAGCCCAAAUCCCCGAUUCCGCGGCCUCAUCCAUGGUACGGGUGUCAUCGUGCGAGAAGAAGGCAUCCGGGGCAUAUACCGCGGUCUCUUCCCUGUGGUGCGCACCCUCCCUCUCUCAUCCCCCGUUCCUUUCUCACCCGCAUACAUCUACCUGUCCCCAGAUGAUGCGCCAAGGCGCCAACUCGCCGUCCGCUUCACCACCUACACAACCCUCAAGCAGUUCGUGCAAGGCAUGAAGGGCGGCGCCGGUGCCGGCCAGACGCUCUCGAGCGCGGUGACGUUCGGGAUCGGCGCUGUCGCCGGGCUCGUCACCGUCUACAUAACAAUGCCGCUCGACGUGAUUAAAACGCGGAUGCAGAGCCUCGAGGCCCGCAAGGCGUACCGCAACUCCUUCCACUGCGCCUACCGGAUCUUUACCGAGGAGGGCGUGUUCCGGUUCUGGACGGGUACGACCCCGCGGCUAGCGCGCUUGGUGCUGAGUGGAGGCAUCGUGUUCACGGUUUACGAGAACGUGAUCAAAAUAAUAGGGGGAGGGAAGUAG